AAGGUUAUCUAGCUGGAGAAUAAGUAGAGCAGCAAGCUGAGAGCCCUAUUUUCACAACAAGGCAUAGCUUACUGUCCAAGUAGGGCACAAGUCUGAUAAACAAAAACCUGCAUUUUAGAGGGAAGCGUAUUUGGAGGCUUUCCCAACAAACACAUAGAAGAAAUGGGGCCGACAAAGCCAGGAUAACACCCUUUCUGUGAAGGAACAGAUGCUACCUCUGCGUAAGCAGUCAGUUUCUUUUCCUCCUACUUUCUAUUACACACGGUCCAAAGUCAAAGUGCCAUAAAAUCAGUCUUGUCGGUGGCGUGAGAGCUGUGUAGCCGUGUUUCCUCCUUCUUCACUGAGACAGAUUGAGAGGCUGUCAAGACAAAACUGUGACUUCACAGCCGGCUGACAAAGUGGGAUUUAAUGAAGAUCAUCAACAAGCUCUUCUGAGGAGUAGGAAAGCUGCAAAUUGGCGAUGCUGAGAAAGGGGGAGUGGGUCUGGGUAGACUCAGACACAGGGGUACCCAUUGGUGCAAAAGUAAAAGUCACACCAUCAGGCCACAGGUUAUUGGUGGACGAUGAAGGAAAGGAGCAGAAUCUGUCCUCGGAGCAGGAGGCUUCUCUGAAGAUCAUGCACCCGACAUCAGUGGAGGGUGUGGAGGACAUGAUCAAACUGGGGGACAUGAAUGAUGCUGGCCUCCUUAGGAACCUGCUGCUCCGACACAAACAAGGGAAAAUCUACACGUACACAGGCUCUGUGCUGGUGGCCGUGAACCCGUACCAGGAUUAUCCCAUGUAUUCGGCUGAGCAGGUGAGGCUGUAUCAGGGUAGAAAGCUCGGUGAACUUCCUCCUCACAUCUUUGGCAUAGCUGAAACGUGCUACAGUAACAUGAGGCGCCACUACAGGAACCAGUGCUGCAUCAUCAGUGGUGAAUCAGGAGCAGGGAAGACAGAGAGCACUAAACUGAUCCUUCAGUAUUUGGCAGCAGUCAGUGGUGAACUCUCCGAGCAGAAGGUUGAACAGCAGAUCCUCGAGUCAAACCCUAUUCUGGAAGCUUUUGGAAAUGCUAAAACAAUCCGAAAUGAUAACUCCAGCCGCUUCGGGAAAUAUUUGGAGAUCUUCUUCAAUAAGGAUGGAGUGAUCGAAGGAGCUCGGGUGGAGCAGUAUCUGCUGGAGAAGUCUCGUGUCUGCCAUCAGGCCCAGGAGGAGAGAAACUACCACAUGUUUUACUGCCUGCUGGCUGGAGUCUCACAAGAGGAGAAGAAAACUUUGAGCCUUGGAAAAGCUGAGGAAUACAGAUUCCUUACUAAGGGCGGCUGUAUCAACUGUGAGGGCAGAGAUGAUGCUACAGACUACAGGCGCAUUCGUUCUGCGAUGAAAAUUUUGAACUUUUCAGAAAGCCAGUGUCAGGAAAUCCUCAAGCUGCUGGCGGCCAUCUUACACCUGGGAAAUGUCUCCUUCGAGGCAAACACAGAGAACAACCUGGAAACCAGCGAUGUCAGCAAGUCGGAGCACUUCAGCAUUGCAGCGUCACUGCUGGAGGUCCAGAAGUCUUCUCUGGCAACAAGCCUGACCCAUCGUUCCUUCAUGACAAACAGAGAGAAAGUGACCAAACCUCUGAGCUCUGAGCAGGCCUCUGACGGCAGAGACGCCUUUGUCAAGGCCAUCUACAACAAGCUCUUCAUUCGGAUUGUCGAGAAAAUCAACAGUGUGAUCCAUAAGAGACUGAUAAAAAGCCCCAAAUCCUCCUUCCUGUCCAUCGGCUUGCUCGACAUCUUUGGUUUUGAGAACUUCACCACCAACAGCUUUGAACAGCUGUGCAUAAACUUUGCCAAUGAGAAACUGCAGCAGUUCUUUGUGGCUCACAUCUUCAAGCUGGAGCAGAAGGAGUACCAGAAGGAGGACGUUGUGUGGAAUAACAUCAAGUUUAGCGACAAUCAGAACAUCCUGGACCUGCUGGCCGGACAGUCUUGCAACCUGCUGGCUCUGAUUGAUGAAGAAAGCCAUUUUCCAAAGGGCACAGACUCCACAAUGUUGAUGAAGAUGAACCAGCAACACAAUGGAAACAAAGCCUACAUCUCCUCCAAAAGUGAAUACGACACAGACUUUGGGAUCCGUCACUUUGCAGGCCGGGUUUACUACAACGCCGAUGGGUUUCUGGAAAAGAACAGAGAUGCCAUCAGCUCUGAUCUUAUCAAGAUGAUUGAAGUCUCCACCAAUAAGCUGCUCCGACAGAUAUUUGAGUCUGAGCUCUCACCAAACGGAGUGAAGAUCAGUAACAAUAAAAAGAUCAUCAUGACGCCGAAGAGCUCACUGCGGGCUCAGACUGACGGUCGAAAACAAAUGCCGACGCUGAGCGGUCAGUUCCGUCAGUCUCUGGACUCCCUGAUGAAGGCUCUCUCCGCUUGCCAGCCAUUCUUCAUCCGUUGCUUCAAACCCAACAACGAGAAGAAGUCUGAGUUCUUUGACAGAGAGCUGUGCAUGCGUCAGCUGAGAUACUCUGGCAUGAUGGACACCAUCCGCAUCCGGAACCUGGGAUACCCAAUCCGCCACACCUUCGUGGAUUUCCUGAAGCGCUACAGGGUUCUUCUGAAGACCACCGUCUGUGACCCCAAAACUAAGUCAGCCGCUGCCUGUUGUGAAGCAAUCUGCAGGACGGUGAUUAAAGGAGAGGACGAGUGGAAGAUAGGCAGGACCAAGAUUUUCCUGAAGGACACUCAUGACGCGUUCCUGGAGCGACUGAGGGAAGAAGAGCUCAGCGUGAAAGCUGUAGUGAUCCAAAGGGUCAUGAUGGGACACAAAGACAGAAAGUCUUUCCUGAAGAAGAGGAGUGCAGCGUUGGUGCUGCAGAGGAACUGGAGAGCUUACAGGAAGCAAGCAACAAAAAAGCAGCUCCAGAGCGGCUACCAACGUCUGACAGCCAAGAUCCGGAGCAGAAGGCUUCAGUUUGAGUUCAAAAAGCAGCGAGAAGCAGCGAUCACAAUACAAAGCCAGAUGAGGGGCUACAAGGUGAGGAAAGACAUGAAGCAGAAAAGAGAGGCGAUGAUCUUGCUGCAGGCUCACACCAGAGGAGUGCUGGCCAGAAGAAAAGCUGUAAAGAUGAAGACAAACAAGAGCGUUGAAAGUGAAAGGGUAAAUGUGGUUGAGGAGGAUGAGGAGGAGGAGGAGGAGAAGGAGGAGGAGGAAGAGGAAGAGGAAGACCAAGCGCAAAUAGCUCUGGAGCUUCAACAGCGACUGCUCUUACUUUCCCAAUCACAAAAAGCUGAAGAGGAGCCUGAGCCAAUCGUAGAGCAGGAUUCAGAGGAGAGCUUGCAUGAUUUCAAACCCGCUCCUGUUGUUGAAGAGGUCAAACAGGAAUCAUUAAAGAAGAGGAACAUGCUGCAUCCAGAAGACAACACCUCUGUUAGAAUCAUCAUCAGUCCUGCCUCAAAAUCAACAACCCCAACACCGACGGUGGGAGAGGACGACGAGGACGACGAGUUCGAUGAAGAUGGUGAUCAGUUUUCUUUCCGCGAGUUCAGGUUCCAGGGCGAGGCUACACACACGCACAUCACACAGAGAAUCAAGCAGUCUCUUCUGCCCCAUGACGAUGAGGGCGACGCACUGGCGUGCCUGACUGUUUUCUGGAUUAUUCUGCGUUACAUGGAGGACAUGCCAGAGCCAAAAUCUCUGGAUGCUCUGUCUCAGGCGUCCAGCACCUUGUCCAGUCCUCUUCCUCACAGGCGGGGUCGCAGACUGAGCAGCCUGGUGGGACUUGACCAGAAAAUUCUGAGGAGAAACAAGAAAAAGCUUGGAACUGGAAGAAAAGCUUCUACAAUCAUGGAAGAGCCGGAGGACCUGACUGAGGACGAGGACGUUCUAAUUGGAGAGGGUCCUAAACUGCAACGAAACCUCACAUCUCAGGAGAAGCUGAUCAUUAUUAUUGGAUACGCUCUUUCCAGACAUGGCAUAAGGGAUGAGAUUUAUUGUCAGAUCUGUAAGCAGCUGGUGGAGAACAGGAACAGGAGGAGCCGAAUGCUGGGCUGGAAUCUUCUCUCCAUCUGUCUCGGGAUUUUCCCUCCGACAGACGUCUUCAUGAAGUAUUUGGAGAGUUUUGUCCGCAGAGGGCCGAGUGGUUAUGGUGCAUAUUGUACAGAGCGCCUGCAACGCAUAAAAGUCAAUGGGGAAAGAAAAGAGUUGCCCUGUUGGAUGGAAGUGCAGGCUGCCAAGUCCAAGGAGCCCAUAGAUGUGUCUGUGACAGUAAUGGACGGCCGCUCCAUCAGUCUCAGUCUGGACUCAGCCUCCACCUCAGCUGAGGUGUGUCAGGCUGUGGCAGAAAGGAUCAAGCUCAGAGACACCUUUGGAUUCUCCCUGUACAUCAGUAUGUUUGACAAGAUGUGGUCUCUGGGCAGCUGUGGGAACCACGUGUGGGAUGCUCUGUCUCAGUGCGAGAAUGAAAUGAGGAGGCAGGGAAGACAUGAGAGGGACGCCCCCUGGAGGCUCUCCAUUCGCAAAGAGCUGUUCACACCCUGGCACGACUGCUCAGAGGACUGGAUCAGCACAGAUCUGAUCUACAGGCAGGUCCUCAUGGGGCUCAAGUCUGGAGAGUACACCAGUGAGAAGGAGGAUGAAUAUGUCCAGAUGGCGGCGCAGCACUACUACAUCCAGUUUGGCUCCGUUUACAGCAAAGACAACGUGCAGAGGGUUGUGGAGGAGUGCAUCGCCACAACGCUUAUCGAGAACAAAUCCAUGACAAGGUGGAUCCAGCUCAUCAGCGACGCGAUCUCACGGGGUCCUUAUGCCAACAGAAAGCCGACAACAGAUAGUGUGAAAGGAGAACUGGUCGACAACGCCAGGCAGGCUUGGCCCAUUUUUUUCUCCAAGUUUUACGACGUCACAAUGGUUUCAGGACCGCCUUUGCCCAAAAGCAGGUUUUUUGUGGCGGUCAACUGGAGUGGUGUCUUUUUCAUGGACGGGAGAGACAAGAGACUUGCUGAGAUUCCUUUCCUGGAAUUAAAGGAUGUACACUUGAUAAGUGAGGACCAUGUGAGUGCUCAGUCGCUGAGUUUGGCCACAAUCAGAGGAGAGUUUCACCUGAUGUCUCCUGAAGCUGAAGACAUGGCAGCUCUCAUAGAUAAUAACCUGGAGGGGCUGAGGCAGCGUUCAUUGUACGCUGUGGUCCAGAAUGAUGCCAGUGACCCAGGGUUCCUGGUGUGUAAACGUGGAGACCUGCUGCUGGUAGAGAAAGAUGAAGAUUAUCCUCCUAGAAACAAAUUGAUCAGAGCAACUAACCAGCGAACCAACAACAGUGGAAUAGUCCAUAUAGAUUCACUGCAGUUUCUGCCAACUCUCAGCUCGCCGUCUGAAGAAAUGCUGGAGCUGCUCGGCCCGAGCUCAAGGAAAAGUUCAACAACACAAAACGCUCGACAGAGAGAGGAAACAGUGGCUCCUGCUUCUCUGAAAGAAUUUGCAAUGGAGAACUUCAGGCCUGCAGGUAAAGAUGUCGGUCGACAGGGUGCGGCCAAAGGGGCUAGCAGGGAGAGGCUGUGGGCUUGUUCCAGAGAGCCUCUCAAACAGCCGCUGUUGAAGAGCCUGACCCGCAGCUCUGAUCUCAGCGGCAUGGCCUGCAACGCCUUCACUGCUAUCCUGAAGUACAUGGGCGACUACCCCAUCAAACACGUUCGCAGUCCUCUGGAGCUGACCGACCAGAUCUUUGGUCCGGCCACGCAGCAUGAAGCUCUGCAGGACGAGAUCUACUGCCAGAUCAUGAGACAGAUGACCAACAACACCAACAGGUUGAGUGUGGAGCGCGGCUGGCAGCUGAUGUGGCUGUGUACAGGAUUAUUCACGCCCAGUCACAGUUUGAUGAAAUACACUGAGCGCUUCCUGGAGUCUCGACCCAGAGAUCAGCUGUCUGCUAUCUGCCUGCAGAGGAUGAGGGAGAUGCUCAGGCAGGAGCCCAGGAAGCUUCCUCCUCACCUGGUUGAGGUGGAAGCCAUCCAGCAGAACAGCACCCAGAUCUUCCACAAAGUCCACUUCCCAAAUGACAGAAACGAUAUAUAUGAGGUGACAUCAACAACCACAAUCAAAGAGCUGUACAGCACCAUCGCCUCCCUGCUUAGACUGAGCUCUGCUGAAGGAUACGGCCUCUACCUGAAGACCCAACAAAAGACCACCAGCAUGGAAGAGGAGAGAUAUUUCUUUGACAGUUUGAGGCAAACUUCAGAAACUCCAAAGAAAGCAAGAAAAGUCAAAGAUGGCGCCCAGACUACCACGCCCUACCUGGUGAUCUUCAAGAGGAAGCUCUGGUUCAAUGUGAGCCCGGGGAAAGACCUAAUCGCAGACCUCACUUUCCAUUUCCCACAGGAGCAGCCUAAGUACCUGCGGGGAUACCACAACUGCACUAAAGAGGAAAUGAUCACACUGGCUGGGUUGCUCUUCAGAACCCAAGUGGAUUCAGACAGAUCCCAGUUCGUCAUGAUCCCCAAAAUGUUAAAGGGGCUGGUUCCUGCUGACCAGAUAAAACUCAUGUCUGCUGACGAAUGGAAGAAGCACAUCAUCUCCUCCUACAACAAGCAGAGCGGCAUCACAGUGGAUGAGGCCAAAAUCGCCUUCCUGAAAUUCAUUUCAGGCUGGCCGACCUUCGGCUGUGCCUUCUUUAACGUGAAACAAUCGAGUGAAUCCAGCUACCCAAGCAAUCUUUGGAUUGCUGUCAGCAAGCAGGGCGUGAGCUUAAUUGACCCAGUGAAAAAGGAGCCGGUGGUCGUGCACCAGUUUAACCGCAUCACAGACUUCAGCAGUAAAGGAAACGUCUUCCAGAUGGCCAUCCGCACCAUGGUGAAGAAUGUUAACUUCGUCUGUGACACCACACAGGCUAAAACAAUAGAAGACCUCCUCCGGUCGUACGUCAUCAUGUACGAGAGGCAGAGAGAGGCCUUUGUACCGAGGACAACCCUCAUGUUUUUCUGAGGAUUCAACAGCAAAAUGAAAGACUGGACUGAACUGGGAUUCAUGUUGAAUCUGUAACAAUGGUUUCCUUCACAUGAAUGUGACUGCUUUAAAAUACUAGACUGACUGUGGAUUACUUUGACUUAGAAGACAGUUAUGACUAUUGAUUCCUCACUUGUGCCUUUUUUUGAAACUGUUAUAUCUAAAAUAUAAAUGAUGUAAAUUAAUUUGUAUUAAACUUUAACCUGGA